AUGAUGGUCCUCCAAGGUGUGGUCCUCUUGAUGAGGCUCCUCGCUUGCCAUGCCAAACCCGAGGGCUGCUUCCCGCUCAAGGCGUGCCAGUCGUUGGGACUUCGCGAAACGGGAGUGGAAACCCGACGCCGCGCGAGUGACAUCAUUUUCCCCGCCGCUUAUAAGCCCCCCGGGGCAGACUCCCAAGGAAUCCGUUUGGGGAGAGUUUUCCGACGUGAGGCGGGAAGCCAAAGGCUCCGGGACGGAGAGAGUUCCCCGCGCGCUGCUUGGGGCAUGGGCCGCUCCAAGAAGAGCUCUCCAGCCCCGACGGAGGGCUGGGAGUUGGAUGGGGCGGGCGAGGUCCCCCCUCCGCCGCCUCCGCCGCCCUCUCCCCCGCGUCCCAAAAGCGGCUACCCGCAGAAGAACGCGGAGACGCUGAGCAGCCAGUACGGGCUGCACCUCUUCCUGGCGGGGCUGCUGGUGAUGCUGGCCUGGGCCGUGCACGCCGUCGGCGCCUCCAAGGCUGCCGUCUUCGCCUAUCUCAUCACCCUGAUGCUGCUCCAGGUGCUCUGGAUGGCCUGGUACAUCUGCCGCCGAAACACCCAGAAGAGGCUCAUCCAGGGCAAGGACACCCACGCCGGAGCCCGGUGGCUGAAGUGUGCAAUUACUUUGUUUGCGUUGAUUACUUUAAUCAUGGAUUCUUUCAAGAUUGGAUUCUUCAUUGGAUAUUCAAAUUGCUUAUCUGUGACAGAAGGAAUUUUCCCAGUCACGCAUGCAGUGCAUACACUACUGCAGGUGUACUUCUUAUGGUGCCAUGCCAAGGAUAUUAUCCAGUCAUUCAAAACACUAGAGAGGUUUGGAGUGAUCCAUUCGGUAUUUACAAAUCUUCUUUUGUGGACAAAUGGUGUACUAACAGAAUCAAAGCAUCAACUUAAUAAUCACAAAGAAAGAUUAAUUACUCUUGGAUUUCGAAACAUAUCAAUAGAAUUGGAUGACCAUGAGCCAAAUUGUAAUUGUAGCAUCCAAGGCCUCUGUUCCAUAUUUUCUCAAGGAAUAUACUACUUAUACCCCUUCAACAUUGAAUAUCAUAUUUUAGCAUCCACAGUUCUCUAUGUGCUCUGGAAGAAUAUUGGACGCAACAUUGAACACCUUCACCAACACAAGAUGUCUUUUAAGUUUCAAGGCAAAACAAUGGGCACUAUUUUGGGACUAGCUGUGUUCAUUACAACUAUAGCAAUUGUUGUUGUCUAUUUGAUUCAGAUUGGCCGUUCAAAAAUAAAGAGUGAAUCAGCACUUCAGAUGUUUUAUUUGUAUGCUAUCACCGUAUUGACACUCAUGUGUGUAGCUGGGAUAGUUGCUCUUCUGAUUUACAGAUAUGAAAACAAAUCACUGGAUGUUUCAAAAAAUCCAGCUAGGAAACUUGAUGCAGACUUACUGGUUGGAACAGCUUCGGGAUCCUGGCUUCUUUCUUGGGGUUCCAUUCUUGCAAUUAUCCUUGCUGAAACCCAUCCCGCCUACACAUGGUUCAAUCUGCCCUAUUCCAUUCUUGUUAUAAUUGAGAAAUAUAUUCAGAACCUCUUCAUCAUUGAAUCCAUACACCGUGAACACGAAAAGGUCAACGAUGACAUUAAAACACUCCGGAUUGCUACGGUAUCCAAUGGAAGCACUUUGUCCCCAGCUCCUUCCUACAAAGAAAUAUAUAAUGGGACCAGUGGCAUUGACAAUGGCACGUUACCACAAGUGGUCAAUGGAAAUUGUAUUUUGCCGGAGAGCAAUGGAAGCGGUUCUUUGGAUGAAGAAAAAAGUGACAACGGUGUGCCAGUCACUCCCUCUACCUCUGAUUUCUCACUUCACAGCAGAAAACAGCCUAUCAGCAACAAAAGAACCAUCCUGAUGAAUAUCGCUGCAUUUUUGUUGUUGUGUAAUCUCUCACUUUGGAUUCCACCAGCUUUCGGCUGCCGCCCUGAAUAUGACAAUGGAUUGGAAGAAAUGGUUUUUGGAUUCGAACCUUGGAUUAUUGUUGUUAACCUUGCAAUGCCCUUUUCGAUUUUCUAUCGGAUGCACUCAGCAGCCGCCCUUUUUGAGGUCAGUUGCAAAACAUGACGUUCGUGAAUACAGUACUGUGGAUGGAUGAGAAGUUGCCAGGACAGAUAUUUUAUCAAAAUAGAGUGUGCAAUCGUUUGAAUGGAGAGAAAAUGAAGAUGAUAAAGACAUUCAUUGCAUGGAACACGUCAUACCUCAUCAG